CCCCGUGUUGGUUUCUAAUAUCUGUGGUCUAAUCAAUGGCGUCACCGUCAGAGACUUUAGCUACCCGUUGCUUCUGUAUUUUAUAAAUUUUUUGCAAUUUUACAAGUUUGCGAGUUACAUUUUCGGUUUAUUUUUGGAUUAGUGUCUUAAGAAGAUAAUCACUUCCUGUUGCGGUGCUAUGAGCAGAAAUAUAAGUCAAUAUUUCCAAUACAGUGAAAGGAACUUCCAAUAAGUGUAUCAAAAGAAAUAUAACCAAAAAUGCAAACCAUUAAGUGUGUUGUUGUGGGUGAUGGUGCGGUCGGUAAGACCUGCCUUCUCAUAAGCUACACCACAAACAAGUUUCCAUCGGAGUAUGUACCUACUGUCUUCGACAACUAUGCGGUAACUGUCAUGAUUGGGGGAGAACCUUACACCCUAGGUCUCUUUGAUACUGCGGGUCAGGAAGAUUAUGACAGGCUGAGACCACUAAGUUAUCCACAAACCGAUGUUUUCCUUGUUUGCUUCAGUGUUGUGAGUCCCAGUUCCUUUGAAAAUGUUAAGGAAAAGUGGGUCCCAGAAAUAACUCAUCAUCAGCAAAAGACUCCCUUCCUCUUGGUGGGUACACAAAUAGAUUUAAGAGAUGAUCCUGGCACCAUGGAAAAGUUGGCCAAGAUCAAACAGAAGCCAGUAUCUCUGGAGCAAGGCGAGAAGCUUGCUAAGGAACUGAAAGCUGUCAAAUACGUUGAGUGCUCAGCUUUAACUCAGAAAGGGCUGAAGAAUGUGUUCGACGAAGCAAUUUUGGCGGCUCUCGAGCCUCCGGAGCCCGUGAAGAGGAGGAAAUGCGUUUUGCUGUAAUGUCUGCAUGACCCACCUCCUAGCCUCAGUCGCUUCUCGACCGGCGGACGAGCGCAUCCAUCACUGUAAUAUUCAUCUUAUUUUUUAUAAUCCCAUGAUUAACAAAUAUUAUGCCAUAAAUGAAGCAAUGAGUAUUACAGUUGUCAUCAUUCGGGCCAUGCGCUGCACCCUAUCGGCCCUUUGAAAGUUUUCCAAUUACCUAAUAUCGAGUCAAAUAUCGAGACGAUUUUAUACCAUGUCAUUUGUCGUUUAUAUAAAUUAAUAAUUGAUAAUGUUAAGUAAUUUGUAUAAGAGCCAUUUUCAUCGGCGGUAACCUGUUUAAGAUUGGAUGGUUUAACUUUAAGAUGGAUUGACAUUUAACAUGUACUAAAAUGGAUAUUUGCUUUUAAUAUAUUAUGACUUGUAAUGAUAUUUCUUAUUUAUUUUGUGUCAAAGUUAUUAUAUAACGUAUCUACAGUGUUUGUCUAAGAGAGACUGAGUAUGUGAAAGUAGUAUUGUCGAUUAUAUCGUUAGUUUCAUAAAGGAUGAGCAUUUUUGUUUUCAUCCAUACUUAAAGGAUGUUUUUUGAUACUGGGACUUGAUCAAAUUGAAACUGAAAAUUAUUAAUAAGCAUUGCACAGUCUCUCUCUAAUAAUUAUAAAAAGUUUAUAUUAUCAUUAUUUGGCAUGUUACGAUUAUUGAAUAAUAUGCUUAUCUUAUUAAGAGAUCGGUACUUCGAUACAAUUAUCGAUAACUUGAGUUUAUAGUAAGUUUGUAUAACACUAUCACAAGCUUAUCACAGUCAGUGUGAGAUUUGCUAUACAGAGUUUAUUAUUAGGAUGUAAAAUAAGAAUAUGUUCGCAUUUUUAUCACAAUUAUACUGCAAAUGUUUUGACUGAAUUAAAUUAUUUCAUUCCAUGUAAUGUCUUUGCAUUUUGUACGAUAUAGUAAGGGUUACAAGUGCCUCGAUGUUUUCUUUAUGAAGCAUCAGCAUCAAAUAUGAUAUUUGGGUUUAGUUUGUACGCUGGGUAUGUAACACUGCCACAUAACGCUAACGCACAGGUUGUCAUUCAAACAUCGCCAUAGCUCAUGGCACUCUGCCAAUACCUCUUCACUGCGAAAUCUUGUCAAUGAAUUUGCUUUCAAUCCUUGUAUGUUUUGCAAGAUACAAUUUCUAGUGACGAAAGUGAUGGGUGUUGGUAGUUUUUAAAAUAUGCAUCCAAAUAAUAGAUUCACAUAACAAAUAGUAUGAAAUAUUCAGUGUAUCGUUGUUUAUGUAUUUUAAAUAUAAUGACAUUUGUGUAGGCGCAUGCAUAGUAUGGUUGAUAUACAUAAAAUAUAGUCUUGCUUCCCACAACGAGAUGUCUAUCCAAGAUUAGAACGUCAUUAAUGAACGUGAUGUUACUAAUAGUGAAUUCUAUCCAUCAUAUUCUGAUUGUAUGUGCAAUAGCUUGCGCGAUGUGUCCCAUACUCUGGUAUUAUUUUGUUGAUCAUCAGCUGCCUCCCUCCCGGCUCUGCCCGGGUAGACGAUUUUAUUGUACAGUUAUUUUUCUAAUACAAGUAAAAAAAAAAACUAAAAAAA